CUUGUCAAACCUCGCGCAUGGCGACCGAACGAACGAAGUUAGCAAAGAGUAAAAGAAAAAAAGUUGAUGUAACAAACGUGAUCGGUUGAAAUUUCAGCAUAAUUCGAACGAAAAACAAUUUUAUACGAUAAAAACUACGAAACAAAUCGAAGUGAUUGACGAUGGAGGAAUACGCCCGUGAACCGUGCCCGUACCGGAUUGUGGACGAUUGCGGAGGUGCGUUCGCGAUGGGUUGCAUAGGCGGUGGUGUGUUCCAGGCGAUUAAAGGCUUCCGCAAUGCGCCCAGCGGAUUUAGCAGACGAAUGGUCGGCAGUCUCACGGCAAUCAAGGCGCGCUCUCCCAUAAUCGCCGGAAACUUUGCAGUUUGGGGUGGAAUGUUCAGCACAAUCGACUGCACGUUGGUGCAUUUUCGCAAGAAGGAAGACCCGUGGAACUCGAUCAUCAGUGGCGCGGCGACCGGAGGUAUCCUGGCGGCACGUAACGGCGUCGGUGCGAUGGCUGGCAGUGCCAUCAUUGGGGGAGUUUUGCUUGCGCUGAUAGAGGGCGUUGGAAUCCUGUUUACCCGACUCUCCGCCGAACAGUUCCGCUCGCAGCCCAUAGUAGAAGAUCCGUCGGCACUGGGAGACCCAACGCAGAACGCGGCGUCCUCGUCCGGCGCCUCCUCGACGAUGCCGUUCGGUUUUGGUCAGUCAGGACAAAACUAUCAAUAAGCACGUUGUAUAGUUGUGUUUGGGGUUUAGUUUGUAGUUCUAAAUUUAAAGUGCGCUGCUGCGUUGGUGUGUGAAAGUGCGAAACUAAAAAGCGUCCGAUUUAAAGCUGGUGGAAAAGGCUCCUCACGAAGACAAUCGUAAUUAUUUGUCGAGGAGACAAAACGCCACUUUUAGAAAAGAGCCCUUUCCCGGACCAGCCGAACCAAAACACUGCUAACUUCCUGUGAUCCUCAAACUGAAAGUGAUUUCCCUUUUUUUCUUCCUUUCAGGAAAAGAUAAAGGAAUCGGCUAGGUCAGGGAGGUUCGGCUCUUUCUUUUAGUCGCAAUAGACGGAUGCUACAAGAAUGAACGCGAUAGGUUGCCUGGGGUGUGCGUUAAAAGUUUAAUUUUCAAGCAAGGCGAAAAAUCUGGACAUAUUCUAGAGACAGUACUAAAAUGUAAACCAAUGUGUAAUAGAAUAAAUUUCAGUUCCCAGUGAAGCUACAUUUCAUACCGGGUUCUGCCAAGCAUUAUUAUCCCGGACUAAUUUCGCACCGACUUUUCGUUGUCUUGAAUAAAACAAGUGUUUGAUGAUUUAAA